ACACUGUAGAGUGUAGUUUCAUUAGCGGUGUCGUAGUUCAGUUUUGGAACAGACCUUGCCAACGGGUACUGGUCAUCGUUUGAUUGUUGGUCAUCUUGCAUAAGAUGAGACAGUUGUCAUGGCAACAUCAUCUUCAGCCCCUUGCAUUCGUCAUGUAUUUCUCACUGGUUCUCCAGGUGUCGGUAAGACCACCCUAAUACACAAAGCCAUAGAGCAACUUCGGCAGAGCUCUCUAAACUUGCAUGGGUUCUACACAGAAGAGGCGCGAGCUGGCGGUAAGAGGACCGGUUUUGAUGUUAUCACAUUGAGUGGACGCAGAGGGCCUCUGGCUAGAGUUGGGCAGGGAAGGGGACCCGCUGUCGGCCAGUAUACUGUAGACCUGGUCUCCUUUGAAAGUCUUGCUCUUCCAGAACUCUCUGUAAAGGAGCAUGGAAGGUCUACCUCAUCCAUCCUCGUCAUAGAUGAAAUAGGAAAGAUGGAGCUUUUCAGUCAGAGUUUUGUCCAGCUGGUGCGGAGACUUCUCAGCCAAUCAGCUUGCCCGAUACUCGGCACCAUUCCUGUGCCUAAAGGCAAGCCACUGGGAUUGGUUGAAGAAGUCCGGAGUAGGACAGACGUGAAAGUAUUCAUGGUAACAAAAGAGAACAGAAACAAUCUACUGGCAGAGAUUGUUCAAACUGUGACGCAAGCCAGAGCCCAAAUAACGUGAAGUGGCUCAGAAGUCCCAUCAACCAUGAUACAGUCUAUGAGAGAUCUAGCCCGGAUUGUUAUCAAGGUGUUAAAGUGCCCUGCUAGUUGCAGGCCUGUAAAUAGGGAAACUUUCCCGUCGAUCAAACCAUUGUUUUUUUUUACGAAAGUUCUGUGCACAAAAAAAUGACAGGUCCCAAAUUUGAACAGACUUUGAGCUAGUGAUUUUGAGAAAAUUUAGAUCAAAGUGGACUCCAAAGUUGCUCUAUUUUGUAAUCUAGUUUAGGAAUAAUGCUGCAAUAUUGCGAUAGGCAUGAGGAGGGAUCAUCUCUGGAUCAUCUCUGGAUGAUCACUAGUUCCAAAAGUUACUUGAUUACCCUCUGAAAAUUGAACAGAAGUGCAACUCUG